AAUGUGCUACUUCCGGUCAGAUGCACAGACAGAAGCUAGUCGCUCGGUAGCUAGCUAACGGGGUCAUUAAAUAGCAGGAGCUAACUCAUAAACGGCUUCUGCUGGUUCAAACAUGGCUUUGUUGACGCCGCUGUUCGCUUUUCUCUACCACCUCCCGCAGGUGUACAAGUGGCUGCUGAAGCCUUACUAUGUGGCCUCUUUUUUCAUGUCGUUAGCUUUUCUAGCUGUCCGUAAAACGCCUGGAGUCUGCGACCAUUUGUCUUCACAGCGAGAGGACGGAAACUCCUGCGACUUUGACUGGAGAGAAGUGGAAGUUCUCAUGUUCCUCAGUGCCAUCGUCAUGAUGAAGAACCGACGAGCAAUAACUGUGGAGCAGCAUGUGGGCAACAUCUUCCUCUUCUCCAAAGUGGCCAAUGUGAUCCUGUUCUUCAGACUGGACCUCAGGAUGGGUCUCCUCUACCUGACGCUCUGCAUAGUGUUUCUAAUCACCUGUAAGCCGCCUCUCUACAUGGGACCAGAGUACAUCAAAUACUUCAGCGACAAAACCAUUGAUGAUGAGCUGAACCGAGACGGACGGGAGACGUGGAUCGUGGAGUUUUUUGCCAACUGGUCUCCUGAGUGUCAGUCGUUCGCUUCGGUGUAUGCUGACCUGUCACUAAAGUACAACUGUGCCAGUCUCAAGUUUGGGAAGGUGGACAUCGGCCGCUACGGAGAGGUCUCCAAGAAGUACAAAGUGUCCACGUCUCCUCUGUCCAAGCAGCUUCCCUCGUUGGUGUUGUUCCAGGGGGGGAAGGAGGUGAUGAGGCGCCCUCAGAUUGAUAAGAAGGGCCGAGCCGUGUCCUGGAGCUUCACUGAGGAGAACAUCAUUCGAGAGUUCAACCUGAACGAACUCUACCAGAAAUCCAAGAAGCUUGGCAAGAACAAAGGAGACAAGCUGAGCUCAUCCCAGUUCCCACCUGUACCUGAGGAGGAGGAGGAGCCAGGACAGCCUGGGACUGAUGCCCAGUGGGAGGAGCCUGAAUCUAAAAAGGACAAAUAAGACCAUCAGUUUCAGAGCUUAGACUUCUAGAAACUCCUCACUUUUUGUUUUCAGCUCAUCUGUUCAGGGAUGGCCUGGGCUCUCUCAGUGGGGGUCCAGGGUCCUGGAGAGCUGCUAGAAGUCUACACAGCUGUGACUCCUCAGGUGGAGGGGGCUGGCGUUCGUAGUCUAACUCCAUGUUCAUCUAAAAAAAAAACUCCCAUUUAACGACAUUUCAGUCCCGUCUGUCCCGAGCUUCACAUGCAGACAUUUUAGAUGUGGUCCGGUUUGGAGUUGGAGUCGUCCACGGAUCUUAUUAACUGCAUUCAGGUCUGGACGAAGAUGAAGAGCUGGGCCGAGGCAGUUCAGUACCCUAGUCUGGAGUUAUCCAGCUGUCUAAACGUGGUCCUGACCCUCUAACAUUCCCGUAGUCAGUAUGGAUGACCCUAAGCCCGUUUCUGGAAUGGUUUUAUUUGCUGUCAUGUUGAUGUUCACUUGUGUCAUUCCUGUUCGUGUCUCUGAUAAUGUGAACUUUGUCAUUCCUGCAACAGACAAUAGAAGUUACCAUUUUAA